GAAACUCUACGUCCGCUUUGCUAGUUGAACCUACUUCGGAAUUUCAAGCCUAUUACUACAAACUUCCCUGUAAGAGACUGUAUACCAAAAUUCAUAAUUUAGAAUCUCGUGAGCACUUUAUGAAAUAACGCACAUCUUGUACUUACAAGCCCAAACUUCACACCUACAUUGAAAAUAGAUUUCUACAGCCAAUGACUUCGCCAUUUCUCUGCACUAACCCCUGCAUAGCCAAUAAGCCAUAAUCAUGAUAGAAACGACAUUAGAACAGCAACUAGUUCCAAAACUUUGAUAUUCACCCCGCGCUCUGUAGUUUCUUCAUCAUGUGCCAACCCCGCGUAAACAAAAUCUCUUGAGAAACCCCUCCAACACAAAUAGUUUUUAAUAUCCAAAUCAAAAACACAACAACAUUGGCAUUCAAAUCUUUUCGUACAACAUAAGAACAAGUCGACAAGAUGGACGGAUUAAACCCGCCAUCAUGGGCACCUGACCAUCAAAACUUGACAACACCUGGCACAGAAGCAGCUGACUAUGAGUAUGGUAGAUCAACAGCAGUCGGUAAGAUAUCAAACUUAUAGAGCGACAAUAUACAAAGCAUGCUAACAUAAUAGAUGAUCAACAACAACCAAGUGCGAUAUCUUCUUACAAUCCAAAUCAACCUCGUCUCGCUAUGGGAAGCAUGGGAGAUCACCGAAAAACCAGCGAUACAGCACCUGAUAACUUUCAAUUCGCUCUGUCUCAAGGUCUGACUUUACCUUUGGUCAAUCCAUUGCAGUAUUCUGAUUAUGACCCUGGCUUUGAUAUUUUUGAAACAGGUAUGCAGGAUGGCUUCGAUAACGCUACAGGUGAUUAUUUUUCAGCAAACAAAUGAAAAGUAAAACGAAUGUCUCCACAGAGUACUAGUAAUGGCGCAGAUGGCUAUGAAUACCCAACACUCGCGACAUCAACUCCUAUACAUAGCAACAUUCCAUUCAACACGAAUCCGGCUCAACUUGCCUUCCCCAACCAAGGAGCAGGUUCACUCCCUCUCGAUCCUGGAAUGGCACAAAGUCAAUUAACCAUUUCCCGCCGACCGCCGCUCAUGCCUUCCACUCAUAAUGGCAAGUUGCGUACCCAAGCACUCUUGGGUUCAACUGGUGGAAGUGGUGGUUUCAAUCAUUUCAGUGGCACCGCACCAGAACACCAUGUCGCCCGCAACGAUCAAGGCCAGACAGCUGCUUCACAUUUUGUACAUUUGACUGUUCAUGAUAAUGGAAGCCCUUCGGACUGGUCAAACAGGAAAUUGAAGUCCCAGCCACUCUCUAAUAACAUGCAAUAUGCUGGUCAAUCAGGAAUGAACCAAGCUUUAGGAAACAAGCCUUCUUUCGAUAAUCCCAAAGCCGGUAGGAGAUCGAAUGUGCCAAGCUGGGUAGUUGAAUUUGAGCGGGCCAUGAAAUCUGAUGGAACAUACAUUGGCCAAACAGACACGAAGAACCAUAAAGAUUGCUCGGCUGAAGCACAGCUGGGCGCCUGCUUAUUGGCAAAAGAAGCCUUUCAGAUUUCGCAAGCAAUAUCGAAUUCUCUAGAGUGUGAGCCCGACGAGGACAGCGGCAGUAAGUCACGUCGUGAGGCUGCUAUAUGGGCUAGUUAAUUUGUCCCACCUGGCAUGGUGGCGCACCAUGGAAAGCAAAAAAAGAAGUUUGUAUCUGAAGAAGUUUAUGCAUUUCACCCCCUAGGUCGCAAGAAUUACUACCAUCGAGUUGAACAAUGGAAUCAACUAUUUGUUGACCACUGGGCCGACAACAAUACCCGUACAAAAAGAUACUUCGAUCUCGAUACGGAAUUUCCUUCGCGCCUCGAUGAUAUAUAUCCCGCUCCUUGGAGUGUAAACUGGUAUCCCGACGUCGAAGUUCAGGGCAAUCCACAAGAACAAAAGGAGUCAAACGAUCUUCAGGAGGGAACAAACACUGCAACCGAUGUCCAGACUAAUACUGCUCCUAGACCCAUCACAAGAGAUUCAAUAAUGCGGAUAGUUUCCAGAAUCUUAAAUCCUCUUUUCACUGGCGCUACAUGUGGUGGAUCGUUCAAAUUCAGCUUUUGGGAUCCAAAGUCUCGGAGAUUCAGCGACAGAAGUCAAGUAACCCAUCUUUCCACGAAGGAACGAAGAAAUACCCUUCGACGCAUUAAAGAUCUUCUUGACAGGACAAUGAGUUUGGCAAGCAUCCCACCGGAGCUUGGUAUUGUAUAUUACAUGUUUCAAGUAAGACUAAUUUCCUUUGCAUGGAGUUUUUUGGUUGUAUUAAUUACUAAAUUUUGUCCAGGAAUGUAAUUCGUCUGCCGAUGCCGAAGGUCUAUACUUGCAUGCAAAAAUUACGACAUUCGACAGAUUCAAGGAACUACCCAAUGAGCUGCGGUGGAUGAUCUGGGGGUAUUGCUGUUCUCCUAAAACAGAGCGCCUUGGUCUUGUGGUUGGAGCGGGCAAGCUCAGGGAGGAAGGAAUCGAACUGCCUAUAACUUUACGAAUAUGUCGUGAAAGUCGCGAAGUCACAGAAUUCUACCACACUGUGCUGGACAAACCGGUAUUUGCGAGAGGAUCAAGAUUCAUAUAUACGGGUCAGAUAACAUACGAUCAGUGCAAAAAAAAGUAUUCUCAGCCAAGACAGCUAGCACUUGGUCCGCAGGAUACAGUAGCCAUUUCAGAUGCUACUCCCCAAAAUAGAAUGGAGCAGACCCUCGAAUGGUAUAACCAAGUCGACGCGAAACAUAGGAAAGGCCUAAAGAGUAUCCGUCACUUGGAAAUUCGAGAUAUCUAUAAUACUCAUUUAGAUUAUCUUUCAGCUUCUCGUCUCGCCAAUAGCAACACAGACCGUGCUCUUCUCAUACCAGCAGUUUUCACAAAUGGCAGCUUGGCUAUGUUUAAAAACCUCAAAACACUAACACUUACGAAUAUUUCAUUUCAUGGUACUUGGCGGGGCCGAUACUCCCGUCCCUAUAAUAGAAAGGAACAGGAGGCUAUGAAAAACUUGAUUUCGGAUUAUCUUGAUGAAGCAAGGGUUGGUGAUGAUAGGCUUGUGUCCAAGAAGAACAUAGUGAUUAGAGACUUUACAGAGAUGGAUGGUCAAAAAGUGGAAAAGGACAAUGGAAGGGUUGACCUGAGCGAAGAGUUCUAUUCAAAGAUGUUAACCCAUCUUCCAGAAGAAUAUCGAAACCAGUCGCAGGACAGACAGAUAGGACGAGUGUGGGAGCGGGAGAAGAAAUAAGGGAGAGAUGAGUGAGGGAUAGAUGGAGGAAUAGUGUAUCUAUAAAUUUUUUAUGAAAUUCAGUCAAAAUUGCA